UGGAGUCUGGAGACGGGAGAGAUAGGAGAAAGAAAUUAAUUGCAUGUCAAAACGCAACAAAAACUAUUCAAAAUGAAUAUCAGAUGCGCAAGGCCUGAAGACUUGAUGAAUAUGCAGCAUUGUAACCUGUUAUGUCUGCCUGAAAACUAUCAGAUGAAAUACUACUUUUACCAUGGUCUGUCAUGGCCUCAGCUGUCAUAUGUUGCAGAGGAUGAAGAUGGAAAAAUAGUAGGAUAUGUUUUAGCAAAAAUGGAGGAGGAUCCAGAAGAUUCUGUUCCACAUGGUCACAUAACAUCAUUGGCAGUCAAGCGGUCACAUCGGCGGCUCGGUCUAGCACAGAAGUUGAUGGAUCAAGCCUCUCGGGGGAUGAUUGAGUGCUUCGAUGCUCAAUAUGUGUCGCUUCAUGUCAGAAAGAGCAACCGUGCAGCUCUACAUCUCUAUAAAAACACACUGAAGUUCUCAGUUAGUGAAAUAGAACCAAAGUAUUAUGCAGAUGGUGAAGACGCAUAUGCAAUGAGGAGGAAUCUUUCAGAAUUUCGAGAAAAAUAUGGUCUAAAAGCUCAAGCUGAGGCAGGGCCGUCAUCAUGACAGCAAUGACAUGGGAGGUGUCAUUAUUUUUAAUUUUCCAUUAGAUACCAGAGAAAAUGUGAAGCGUGAUACAGUGUGAGAAAGGAUCCAGCUCUAGAUUUUCAUAUAAUGUUGAUAGAAUAUGAAAUGCUGAACCUCACCUGGCAUUGACUGUUGAUUCUAUUUAAGAAUGUACUCUUAAUAUUUUUUUUUUCAAUUUAAUUUUGUUGUUGUCAUCUUUAUUUUCUUUAAAGCUUAUGAAACAUAAUUGCAUGUUAGCUAUUUUAAUAUGCAUUUAAAAAUUAUACUUGUAAAUACAUGUACAUGUGUACAUGAAUAAAUAUGCUAUAAAAAUUA